GCAGCACUCAAACAGAAAGAGAACCUCGCAUCAGGAGUCGCAGAAAACGAGAUUGAUGAAGCUGCCCCACAACCGUGCCUGAACGACAAUAUUAAGGCAAUCGUCUGGUACAGCUACAUAGAACUCUCAAGGAUCCAGGGUCCCCCUCCACCAUACCCUAUUCUCCCUCGAAGGCCACCAGCGGCAAAGCUAAAGUCUAAACUCUAA